AUGGGCGCUCGUUCUUCUUCUUCUUUCCCUAGUUCAUUGCUUUGGAGAUUUGAUGAAUUUUCCACCACUGAUCAAGGUUGCAAAACUACAAAUAUAGCAGAGGAUAUAUGGUUAGAAAUCUUUCUUCAUCUCCCUCUAACUUCGAUUUUCAAAUUCAAGUGCGUUUCAAAAGUAUGGUUUUCACUUCUAUCUAACCCAUAUUUCAUCAGCAAGUGGAUUAAACACCACACUUCGUUAAAAUCUGUCCCAUGGGCUCUAUUUUACGAAAUAAUUCGUCAAGUCAAAACUCAUGUGGAUGGUAUCACUACUAUCACAACAUCGUAUCCAAUCACAUCUCUAGGGGCAAAUUCGGAAAUCAUUUCACCACAUAAUGGGUUAUCUUUUAAGUUUUUAGCACCACCCUUACAUGAAAGGGAUGAGCAAUUGCAUGUUGUGGGUUCAGGUAAUGGUUUGGUUCUGCUAACACCAACCUUACAGAUUAAUCAGAUUAAAUAUGUUGUAUAUAAUCCCCUCACUGAAAAAUGGGUAGCACUUCCACCACCACCCCAAUCUGUCGUGUCUGGUUUGACUAUGUCUGCUCUGGUAUCUGAGUGCUUUCCAUCUACAUGUUAUAAAGUUGUGCGCAUCCCUAACUUUGGAGUGAACACGAGAAAGUUCAGCCUUGAUAUAUUUUGUUCCGAUAGGAAUGAAUGGACAAUCUGUGAAGUUUCGUGCCCUGAAACUGUCACUUGGAGGUUAUGCCAAUGUAACGAGAUAGCAAGCCAUUAUGGAAAUUUGCUUUGGAUUGAAAAGAGAAACAGAAUAGUGGCUUACGAUCUUAACAAAAACAAAUGUAGGUUGAUUAACUUGCCUGCCGAAGAGGUAGCUGGCCGUUAUUCAUAUUCACUUCUCAGUGAAUGUCUUAACGUAUCUGAAGGUUUCAUCUGUUAUGCUAGAGUUCGGUACAGAGUAAUGAGUUUCAGUUUAAGUGCUUGGGUGCUUAAGGAGAGCUGGCAAUUGUUGCAGAAAGAUAUACAGUUAUAA